UGUGUACAUUUGCGUUCAAUUGAGGAGGAAUCAAAGUUUUUUUUGCAACAACAGAUAUGAUAGUGAAGUGGGUGUUGGCCGCCUUCGUCAUCACCUUCGCCUUUUUUGGGAAAUUUGUGAGAACGGAAGGCAUCUGUGCUGAUAGGACUGUACGAAGUCACUGGUCAGAUUGUAGGAAGUUCGUCGAGUGUGGAGACAAUGUUACCUCUAUCUUCGAAUGUCCCGAUCGAAGUUACUUUAAUCCCGAUACCUUAGUGUGUGACUAUGCGAUGUACCAUGAGUGUUCAGAAGAGCCGACUCCUGAAAUUUCUUUUUACGCCAAAGACAGCUUUCUCGAUGGAUCCACGGGAGUUUUGACAAAUUCGAUAGUUUGCAAUGAUUUUCCUCUGGGAUCGAAACAGCCACACGAGGAGUGCAAUAAAUUCUACCAUUGCUCGCCAACGGGCCCGAUGCUGUUCACAUGUCCCGAACCGUUGCUUUUCGACUAUGUCAUACAAGUUUGCAACUGGCCGCAGCUCGUAGAAUGUUUCCCAGGGGGAAUAGGACCAGAAGGAAGUUGUCCUCAAAACUGUAUUCCAGACUUACGGUGUCCCAAAGACUGUCCAGGCGUCGUGCAACUUCCACAUCCGGGGAAAUGUUCCUGGUACCUACAAUGUCGCGACGAAUGUGCCUGCUGGAGCGAAUGUCCCGAAGGUCAAUUUUGGAGCAAGGUGCAUCGGACAUGCCGGGAUCAAAACCUAGUAAACUGUGUUGAUCCGGAACCGGAAGAAUGCAUUGCGGAAUGCGUCGAAGAUCCUCGCUGCCCUCUCAUAGAUGAUCCGAACAAUAUUUUACGUUUCCCCCACCCCGAAAUGCUGGACGCGUAUAAGGAGUGUCGUAAUGGAUUACUUUGCGUUGUUAUGUGCCCAAAUAAUGAACAAUGGAAUCAAAACGAAGAAACAUGUGAGGAAGCUCCAGACACACUCCCACCACCAACUACUGAAAUUACGCCACCACCGCCGCCUCCUACAACUCCAGAACCACCGCCCACAACUCCGCCUCCACCGCCUCCAACAACGCCACCACCACCACCGCCCACAACACCUCCCCCACCGCCUCCAACAACGCCACCUCCACCGCCGCCCACAACACCUCCUCCACCACCGCCCACAACACCUCCUCCACCACCGCCUACAACUCCAGAACCGCCUCCCACAACUCCGCCACCGCCACCGCCCACAACUCCACCUCCACCACCACCCACAACUCUACCACCGCCACCACCGCCUUCAACACCGGCACCACCACCGCCUCCAUGUAAUUUGUGCCCAGAGAACUGUACACCAAACGAUUUGUGCCCUCCAGUCAAUCCCAACGUGCCAGUACUUUUGCCGCACGUCAGAUGUGAUAAGUUCUACAAAUGCGACACCGGUAGAGCAUGCGAGAUGGAGUGUCCACCCGGGUUGCAUUUCAACGAAGCCGAAAAUGUCUGCGAUUGGCCAUGGCAGGCGUGCUGUGAUCCCGCGAUUCCAUGCCAAAAGCCUUGCAUCCCAGGAGUCACCUGUCCGCCAUCGGGUUAGUUUGUAAUUAUCACCGCAAAAGAAACCACUGUGACCUCUAAGGGUUGAAUCAUUCCAAAGUAUGAAAACCCCAUCAAAAAAACUGUGACCUCCGGUGACCUCGAUUAGAUAACAUAUGAAAAAACUUACAUUACGUUCGAUGAAUCCUCAACUGUGCCUUUCUUGAAGAUAACAAAUUAUACUAUGACAAAUAAAAUUUGUAAAUAACAGGG